CCAUCGUGCUUGCCCGCCCCUGAGUCUGGAGCAGCAGCAGCAGCAGCAGCAGUGGAGCCUCGCUGCCUCUCCUCGCCUUCACAGUGCGGGAAUAUACCAGAGCGGAGAGCGGAAUGGAUACGGAAGGGAGCCAGAGCAGCCUGUCCUCCGGCACGGACAACUCCCCCCACGACCCCUGCAAAAUGUUCAUCGGGGGUCUGAGUUGGCAGACAACACAAGAGGGCUUGAAGGAGUACUUCUGUAAAUUUGGCGAGGUGAAGGAGUGCAUGGUGAUGCGGGAUCCCGUUACCAAGCGGUCGAGGGGGUUCGGCUUUGUAACAUACGCGGAACAAGCUGGCGUGGAGAAGGUUUUGGCGCAAAACAGACACGAGUUGGAUUCCAAAACGAUCGACCCAAAGGUGGCGUUUCCCCGCCGGGCUCAGCCGAAGCUGGUGACCAGAACAAAGAAGAUCUUUGUCGGAGGACUGUCAGUCAAUACCACCAUCGAAGAUGUGAAGCAAUACUUCGACCAGUUUGGAAAGGUCGAUGAUGCCAUGCUUAUGUUUGACAAAACAACCAACAGACACAGAGGUUUUGGAUUUGUUACCUUUGAGAAUGAAGAUGUGGUGGAGAAAGUGUGUGAGAUCCACUUCCAUGAGAUCAACAAUAAAAUGGUUGAGUGUAAGAAAGCUCAACCCAAGGAGGUGAUGACGCCGACCGGCUCAGCCAGAGGCCGCUCCAGAGUGAUGCCUUAUGGGAUGGACGCCUUCAUGCUGGGCAUCGGCAUGUUAGGCUACCCAGGUUUUCAAACUACUACCUACACCAGCCGCAGUUACUCUGGCAUUGCGCCCGGAUACACUUACCAGUUCCCAGAAUUCCAUUUAGAGAGGACCCCCCUCCUGACAUCAUCCCACCCCCCUGAGCUGACAGCCAUUCCCCUGACUGCGUAUGGACCAAUGGCAGCAGCUGCAGCAGCAGUAGUUAGAGGCUCCACCCCUUCACGCACAGCUGGCUUCCUGGGCACAAGCAGCCCUGGACCAAUGGCUGACCUGUAUGCUGCAGCCAAUCAGGACUCAGGAGUCAGCAGCUACAUCAGCGCCGCGAGCCCAGCCCCCAGCACAGGGUUCGGCCACGGUCUCGGGGGUCCUCUGAUUGCUACUGCGUUCACUAAUGGCUACCACUGAGAAGACUCAGGUCACAGAAGAUGGGAGGGUUUCUCCUCUGCUGAUGAGCCAAUCACAAUGCUGGCUGCCCAUUGAUGGCACAAUCUGAUUGGCUGGCCACAAGCUCUCCCAGGCUCUCCUGGCUCCCUGUGGCUCACCCACCGACUGAAUAUCUUUUUAAAUCCAGAACUCUUGUUUUGCUGUACUAAUCUCACUUCAACAUAACGUCCCUGUUUCUCCUCUUUUGUCCUCAUGUAGUGUAAGAACUAGAUUCCCCCCUCAGUUAUCCGUUUUUUCUUUUGAAGCUGAGAAAAGAAAAACUGCAAAAAAAUCUCUGAGGAAACGUUUGUCACCUUUGACAAAGACACAGAGAACUAUUUUGAGUUUUUUUUAUUAAUUAUUAUUUUAUUUCAAUCUGAUACGUCAUUUUAUCAUGAAAUCCUUCAACGCUGUUACCGAUGUGAAGAGAAAGAGAAAAAGCCGUGCAAGAUGGGUCUUUGUCUGAAAACCAUUUUUAACAAAGGAAGAACAAAUCCAACAAAGUCCUUUUUUAACUCAAGUGUCACGGAAACAUGGGGAAAAAAAAACUAAAAUGUAUAUUUUGGUAGUCUUUAAAAACAAAACCUUUGUAAUAUUGUUAUUAAUAUUGACAUAAUAAUGAUAAUCUGUAAGGUAUUUUAUUCUGUAAUUGGUUUUAAAGCAAUGUUUUUAUGUCUUCCUGUAAGAUAUUGUACAUAGACGUGGGGGUGGGGUGGGGGGUGGAUGGGUUACUGAACCGGCUGGCAUGUCAUUGGUUGGUUUGGAAAAGGGUUAACAGCUGACUGGAUGUCAUUUACUACUAUCUGCGCUCAUCUCACUACUUUUAUCAGUAUGCAUAUGGUAUAUGUGUACACUGUGGGCCAGUCCACUCUAGCGUCACUUCAGCGCAGCGCCAUCGACGAUAGCGGCUGACAAAUAAACUUCCGGGAGUUUGUCUGGUAUAUUUGUUCAGUUAAUUAACCGUUUUUGUUACAAAGUCAUCCCCUUGUUUGCUUUUCAUCUUGAAAAAGCAAAUUUGUCCCUUUGCAUCUUCAUGAAUUUCAGAUAAACAUGACAGACUACGGAUGAAUAACAACCUUAAACAGGAGAAAUCAGGGGUUCAUGGGAUCUGGGGGGGUUUGACUUGACUUCCUCUUUUUUGAAAAUAUUAUAUAUAUUUUUUGCGCAGUUCACUUCUUAAUGUUUUUUUUGUUGUUUAUUGUUUUCUUUUUAAAAAAAAGUUUCUUUAAUGCGGUGUUCUCCGCCGUGAAAACAAAUGAAGGACAUUCUCAGAGAAGCAGUUGUAGAAACUCACGAUCAUGUUCUGUCCUUUUAUCACUAUUGAAGGUGCAUGUGAUUGUGUCUGAGUGUGUGUGAGUGAGUGUUUGUGCGCAUACAUCAAGGUGUAAUAUGGAACUACUUUUGGCAUCGAAGGAGCAUUUUGAUUGCCUUUUUUUCUUUGGUACUGAACAAAAAAAAAAAAAAAAAGGUCGCCCUGUUCCACUUUGGUUCAUCUGCUCUUCUCCACUGACUCUCUCCCAUUUCAUAUUUAGUUUUUAAUAAAUUUGCGCUCCUCUGGAACCAACAUAUUAUUGUUUAUAUAUAGUUGCUGCUCCGUGUAGUGGUGAACAGACAGGGUUUUGGGCAGGGAACCAGAAAUGGAACAGGGUCUCGCUCUCAGUCGACUCUGAUACAGGACCUCAGUACAAGACGACACUGGCUGGCAGGAAAAGUCAAGAAGCUGGAACAAAUUCAACAUUUGCAAAAACAAGUAGCCUGUUUGUUCAAGCCUUCUUGCUGCAGCCUGUUUGAUGUUCAGCACAGCAGAAAACUUCCUGAUCCAGCCAGUAGUUCCUCUGUCAGACAGGCUGGGACACGAUAAAAAAAAAAAAAAAAAAAAACUACUGCUGGACACCAACACUGUAACUUUUUAACUUACAAUAAAGCAAUAAGUUAUUUUUUACCUUACAAAUGAAAAUAGUACUAUUAUUGGUAAUGGCAGGCGACAAGUGGGUAAUUCUGCGGCAUUAAGACUUAUUUUCAGAAAAAAAAGAAUCUAUAUUUUUCUGUUUUGAGAUCUUGUUCCCCUUGUAUAUUGAUUUUAAUGAUGUAUUUUGUUGUGUUGAUGUAAAGAAAAGGGCCAACGCUUCGAGUGGAGCUUGUAGCUCCACGUGAGCUCGGUUAAAGUUAAAGAUUUGGGCUGUCCCCCGCCAAGCUUUACAGCAAUGCUUUCCUUGUUUUUUUUUCUGACAAUUUCAAUUUGAAAAUCCUAAUAAAUUAUUCUAAAGCGUU